AUGCUCUCUCAACACUAUUUUAACCCAAUCAAUAAAGCGGAAAUCGACCUCGCUCAUAAAGUCCGUCCAUUUAUCGAGGCUCCACCCACUAAGCUCGAUGUUCCUAUGAUUGAUUUGCAAGCCAUUGACUUAUCCACAUUCCAAGAAGGCCCACAAGGUCUAAAAUCUCGUCAGCAACUUGCAAACCAAUUGGAAUCGGCGUUGACGACCUACGGGUUUUUCAAAUUGACAGGUCAUGGAAUUGAUCAUGAUACUCUAGAAAGAAUGAAAUCAAUUGGUCAAUCUUUAUUUGAACUUGAUGAUGAUACUAAAAAAAAAUUCCAUGCUGGUAACACUAAACAUCCCGAUGAAGCUGAUCGGGAAUUGGGAGUGAUUCGUGGGGUCGGUUACAAGCCAAGAGGUCAUUGGGAGUAUCAAAAUGGGCAACGGGAUAAUGUCGAGUUUUUCAAUAUUAGACAUUUUCUCCAUGAUGAUAUUUUCUUUAACAAAACCGAAUACCCUGAGUUUUUUAAGUAUUAUCUUGAUGAGGUAUCGGGGUAUUAUAAGGAGCUUCAUUGCAGGGUUCUUCGGCAAGUGUUGACACUUAUUGAUAUCAUUUUAGAGCUUCCAGAAGGCAGUCUUUGGGAUCAUCAUUUUUCAGUCCAUGAGAAUGAUAUUGAGAAGUCCGGGGGAGGGUUUGGACGGUUCUUGCUCUACCAUGAAGUUUCUGCAGAAUACCGUGAUUUGACUUCGGGGACGUGGUUGAGGGGCCAUACUGAUGCUACAGCGUUGACAUUUAUUAUUUCUCAACCAAUUGUGUCAUUACAAAUCAGAGAGCAUGAUACUGGGGCCUGGAAGUAUGUUUCGCAUACUCCUGAUUCGUUGAUUGUAAAUAUUGGUGAUGCAUUCAAAUAUUUGUCAGGGGGGUAUUUCAAGUCAUCGAUCCACAGAGUGACGACCCCACCGGUGGACCAAAUGGAACAUAAACGGAACACGGUUAUUUAUUUCUGUGAUCCAUCAUUGACGACGCUUAUAGACCCAAUAAGUUUGAAAUCUCCAAAGUUGCAACAAUUGGGAUUGGAGAAGGUUAACGGGGCAAAAAGAAUUACGUUCAAGGAAUGGGAUGAAGAGAAGGGGAAGUUUUUGAAUUCCAAAAGAAGAGAGACUACAGGGGAGGUGAAGUUAUUGGGGAGAGACACGUUGAUGAGUUUGAUCCAGAAUGAUCCAAGUGCUAAUAAGGGGAGUAGUAUCAGUAAAACGAUUGCUGUUUAA